GAACAAACUCAUUUAAAAUGGCUCUCUUCAAUGUGAGAUCACUUUCAAAGUUAAAGACCAGCUCGCCAGAGACUCUGCGAAAGUCCAUCAGCAAAAAUGCCAAAGGUCCAAAAAAAGAAAAGAAAAUGUCCAGAGAAGCUAGAGCCAGGUUGUUCCUGGAGGAAAACAUCAGUCAGCUGCCUUCUACACAUGAUCAACUAAAGAAUGGACAUCUGCAGUUACUUUAUCAUGGCGGCGACAAUUCUCCAGCCCAAACUGUGAAAGCUAUCCAAGAAAUGCUCCACUGUACACUCGGUGCCCAUCACAUAAGACAUUUGGCAAAGAAAGUGCAGAAAUAUGAGCACCAUCUCACUCGUCAGUCAGACAUGGACAGCUACACAAAGAUAUGCUUUGAAGAUUUUGUAAAAUUCACAGCAGUCCUUGACAUGCCUGAUGUUCAAGCUGAUGUAGUGAUGUCUGAGGAUCCCAGUCCUACUACGCCUUCCAUUGAGUUCUCUCAUCAAGCAAGAAGCCUUCCUUCCAUCACUGAUGUUGUUCCCAGCCCAGCAUUAGGACCCUUUGAGCUGAACAAUGGUCAGCCUCCUCAUGGUGUUGAUAUGAAUGAUGACCCAAGUCGGCCUUCCACUGGAGAUGUUGGACCCACUGAUUUGGAUAAUGCGUUACACACAUCAGAUGUUCAAUCAACAUCAAUUGAAAGUCCAGCAACACUGAUGAAAACAACUUAGUCCAAGGUCCCAGGCACCCCUGACACACCAUUAUCCAUUCGUUCCUUACAGCGAAAGGGUUUGUUGACACCAAGGAAACUUAAGAUGCAACAGAAAUUAGCUUUUGUUGCAAGACAAAGAGCUGAGAUGAAGCAAAAUCACAUGAACAAAGUGAAAAAAUUAAAGGCACCAGCACUACAGGUUGUACAAGUAAAACAUUGAGACAACUUCUGAAACGAAAAGAUGCAUCAUUAGCAAAAAAAGACUUCAAAAUUGCUGAAAUUCAUUCCAGAUACUCCAAACUAGCCAUAGUGAAGGAACUUUGUGAUGUCAAAGGAAAACUAACAAGAUGCUACUAUUGCUGAUUUGCAGGGAAAGCUCAGAAAAAAAUUAUGCUAUCUGCCAGCUGCAAUGUGACAAUAUGUGGCUACAGGAUACAGUUAAUGAUCAGCAGCGUGACUCGAAAUUAAAAAAGGAGGAGAAGCAGUAUCCCACAGAAAUGAGGAUGCUUGUUUAUGAAGCAAUAGUAAAUAAUCUUCCUACAAAAACAUUCCCACUUUAAUUUCUCAGUUUUCAAAGCGCACUGGUGUUGUUAUAGGAGAUGUCCCACAUAGGAGUACAGUGGAAAUGAUGUGCCGUGAACUUGGCACAAUAUCAGAUUUUCAAGUGGCUGAGCAUAUGCUAGAGAACAAGGAUUUGACAUUAGGUUUUGAUGCAACAACUCAGGAGGGUGUACAUGUUAAUUCAAUACAUGUAACUUCAUCUGACAAGUGCCACAUUAUUGCAGUUGAUCCUUUAGCUGGGGGAACUGCAGAGGAUCAUGAAGUGCACAUUAAUCAGUCUGUAGACAAUUUAGUUGAGGUACAUUGUGCUUUUCACCAAGCUGAAAAAAUAACGGACAACACAGUAGACUUUCCAAAGGUACGGUCAGAAAUAACUGCAUUUGUUUCAAAUUCUAUGACAGACAGGGCAGCUGUUAACCAUGCCACCCUUGAACGAUUAGAGAAUUCCUGGGGCAAAAAAAUUAAUGAAUUAAAUUGCCACUUACAUCCAGUAGAAACUAUUGCUACUGGAUGUUGCAAAGCAUUGAAGCAGAAGGAAUCAUCUAACAUUGUGAAGAAGGUGCUGGGUUCAGAUUGCAUGGCCAAUGAUUUAGUUCUGGGCUUAAAUAAAUUCAGGUACAAAGAUGCAGCUGGGGACCCAAAAGGAUUUGUGCUUGCAUUGUCUAAUGCCAAACUGCCUCAAGGUUUGCUGCCAAGAUACAGAGGAAACAGGCUCCAUGUUAUGUUCCUGAACUGUGAACGGCUUCAUGAACACAGAGAAUUCUUUAUGCAGUUUCUUAAUGGACAAACAUUUUCAUGCAACAGGCUCAGAGGUGCCCUUCAACGUGAUUUUCAAAGUCUUGUUGCAAUGGUGGAAAUUCAGGUGCUUGGUCUUUUGGGGAAAGUGCUGACUGGGCCUUGGAUGUCGAGAUUUUACAAGGGCACAGCCUCUGAAAUCAGUCACAUUGAAGGGUUGGUCAUGGUAAAGGAGGUUCUAGACAGAUUAGAAGUAUUUCACCAAGAUCCUCAACAAAUUCUCUCUGUGACACAUGAUAUGUUUGGUGCUGAGCUGUCCAGAAGUCCAGAUCUUCAAGCCCUUCUGGUGGAACCUGUUGACAGAGAUCUCUUUCUGUCAAUGAUGGAAGGAUGUAUAAAUGCAGUCCACAAUGUCCUCACAAGGCAGUACCAGAGGUACUUUAACAUGGAUGUAAAUGAUCAGCUGAGGAAGGAGACAGAAAGUGCUUGUUUACGUAACAUUGACGCAGAGCAAGUGAUGGGCAUGUUUUCUGCUCUAAAGGACAAGGCCCCAAAUGCCACCUUGUGCUUCAUCUCCUGUAAGAUUUGUGCUCAGAAAAAUAAAAAACUGGAUUACUUGGAUGGAUUGACAUCUGAAAAAAGAGAAAAACUGAUUAAAGUUGCCAUAAAAAAUGCAACGAAACAGAGGCAACAGAGAAGAAAGAACUGUGCUGAAAUUCAAGAGGAAGUAAUGAAGAGACUUGCAGCUAAACAACAGAGUUUAGAUAUGAAACCAUUCGGUAAAAACAAAUGAGAAUUAUAAUUAGUGCAUUAAUCUAUGGCCAAUUUUGUGGUUAUUAUUGAAUAAUUUAUCAGUAUUGCAGCAACUUGCUUCACACCAAAACCUCUUAAACAGUCAGUUUAUUACACAAGGUGGU